UCAACAUAAAGUCUCUCAUAUACAAUAGUUAGGUACAGAGUUCAACUUUUGUGAAUUACAUCUAGUGCAGUAUCGCUUGAAAUAAUAGUUUUGUGAAUUACCCUAUUUAUUAUUCGUCGGUAACUAACACAUUGAAUUCAAAAACCGUUGGUAUUUUCGUGUCUUCAAUGAUGGCGCUGGAGUCUAUUUCCGGUGGUCAGAAAAGGCGGCAAUAGGAUUUGCACGUAGAUGUUAUUAAUGUGUGGAUGUAGUUGGUUAUUGCUUGUUUGGUAGAAACGUUUCGAAAGGGUAAAAGCAUCAGGAUGGGAAAGUCAUCUCUUGGCAAACGCAAAACAAAUGUUCUUCCUUUUCGAGUUUCAUCAUUAGGAAAUGUAGGAGAACUUCCUGAACCGGGCCCAUCUCAACGUGGUCGAACUUCUGUGAAGAAGUCCUACAUUCCAAGACUGUCGAAGAGCAGAGCUCUGUCAUCCUCGCCAAGCAAGGAUGCUGCAAAAUCUAUCUCGUAUGCAGGUUCCUUGAGGCGCAGUCGGAGUAAUUCCAACCUACAUCAGUUUGCAGUAGGAACUCCCAUGACUCCUAUGUACUUCAUGGGCAGUGUUCCUGGAACUGCCCAGUCAUCUAGGGUUGGUGGACGAUCCACUAUGCCAGUAUUAAAGGAUCCCAGGCCUCUGUCUGACAAAAGAUUCCAAAAUGCGGCAUUGCAGAGGAUCCAGAAUUAUCUUCAUCAAAAUGAUGAUGAAGAUUUGAAGUUGACCACUUCAAAGGCCUUGGCCACACGUUCGCUUACACUAAAGGUGUUUGUGGAUUUUGUAUAUCAUUUGCUGUCUCAUUUUUUCAAGAAACACAUUAUAAAUAUGAGCAACUAUGCGGAUGAAAUUCCACACCUGACCAAGAGGCUCGGAUAUCCAGGCAGCGUUAAGAAAUCCUGGCUGAUUACAGCAAACUCGUCACACUCGUGGCCUAAUGUCAUUGGUCUACUGUCCUGGUUGGUAGAUAUAGUUAGAAUAUACAGACCCGAGAUGUUGAGCAUGAUUAUGUUUCCUCCUGAAGGUGAGGAAGUUGUAAAUGAAAGCAUUCUCGAUACACAGACAAUGUUCUCCUACUAUUUCAAGUGUUAUGACAUUUUUAACAAUGAUGAAGCAAGUGAGGAACGUAUGGCUGAUGAAGACAACCGUCUAGUCCAUGAGAUGGCUUUGAAGCUUAACAUAAACAAAGAAGACUUCAGAGCGAUUACAGAAGAAAUCAGAAACCUGAAAAUGCAGUUGGACAAUCCAGAAGAUAAAGCGGCACGCAGAGAAAUGAUAGAAUUAGAAGCUGCAUCUGAAAGUCUCCACAAUGACUUGAAGAAACAACGACAUUGCGUUCAGAAAAGGGAUGCCUAUCGGAAUGCGCAGCAGGAUAAAGUCGCAAGGCUCUUGUCUAACAAUGAUGUGUUGAAGAUGCACAUCGAGAACGUGCAGACAGACAUUUCAAAAAUGAAGCAUGUUAUUGAAACUCAGAGCAUCACUCGCGAGGAUAAGGAAUCCAUCGAGAGCGAGUGCAGAGUGCUGGAGGAGACUAUCAAAGUGAACCAGGCUUGCUGCGAUGCGUUGUCAAAGACUGUGUAUGCGGAUGACAUUAAAAUAGCCAAAUUGAAAAAUGAGUUGAACAACAAGUGCGUAGAUUACAACACGUCCAUUAUGGAGUACAGAAGUGGACUUCCAGCUUUAGACGUUUUUAAGAUGCCUAUGAACUUCCUGCACAAAGAUACUGAUCUUAUCAUGCAGCAAAUUGUUGAUGAGAUGGAGAACUUCAGGACAGAUUUAAAAAUGAAAUUGAAUGAAAUGGAAACACGGGCAGAGGAGCAAGAAGAAUUUGCUGCAGAGGCUGUUGAACGCGAGGUCGCAUCCUCUGAAGAGUAUGACAAGUAUGUGAAGGAGGUGGAAGACUUGAAGGCAGAGGUGACAAACCUGAAGGAGAAAGUAAAGAAUGAAGAACAGAUGUUUAAAUGCAAUUUGAAGAGACUGGAAGAAGAUUGUGUGGAUAUUGUAGCAAAGAUGCCUUCUGUUGAGGAGGAAGAAGAGAAAUUGAAGGACAGUAGAGAAAAAGUUCAGUUCAUGACAGAUCACAUAUCGAAAGUCAAUGAACAGGCACAUUCGUUCUUUCAAAAAUAUGAUGCCAUUUAUGAAGACUUGAUACAGAAGUUGAAAGGUCAGAUGUUGGAACAUAUGAAACAAAGGGAAUCCAAGAAAUAAAGUUACAGUGUUUAGGCACAAUAUUUAAUUCUCCUGUGGUAUUAUAAUCCUCUCUGGGUGAAACAAAAUACUCUGCUUUUUCUCUGAUCGCAUUAUGUCCUUUUGCUCGUCGUUUUCUUUAAUUUCUGGGUAUUAAGUAUCUACCGAGAUUGAAACUUCAGAGACAUUGCGUGGGCUGGCAAAUAUCUUACUUUGCUGAUGUUUUGGAUGUGCUUAUUGCCUCUGUCAUUGAGAUGAUGGAGGCAGUAAGCACCUUUGGAAUUGAUUACUUGUAUGUGACUACGCUGUGAAAUAUCCCAGAUUGCUGUCAUUUUCAUAUUUGCCACUGUGAGCACCUGAAAUUUCCCUUGUUUUGUGUUCAAUAUAUUACUUAUUGUUACUGCCUCAUCAUUUAACAUAUAAUCUGUACUACUGCAAAUUAUGGACAAAAACAUAAAUUUUAUGUUUCAUUUUAUAGCUCCUGCUCGUCUCACCAUAUGGAUUGAAACAUUUAGAGGAAAGUAUGUCAUUGGGAUCUUAUCAAAACUUACUUAUUGUCCCAUCCCUAUCUGUUUUAUGAUAAUAUAAAUAAG